CCCGAAGUCAGAUAGGCGUUCUCACCUCUAGUGCUCUCCUGCCUCUCUCUUGCCUCUUGACACCCCCCACCCAGGGUGCAGUUCCACCCAUUUUGGGAACCAUUACUUUAAAUGGUGCCUCUGGCACUAAGUGCAGAUCCAUCUCCCAGCAGAAUCAGCAGAGGGAGGCAAUUACAAGUAGGUACCUGCUGGGAGGCUCAAAGCUGGCAGAGCUUCCUCCUUCCCGCAGGGACAAAAGGCCUCAGAGGUGUCAGCCUGGGAAGAACCAUAAAGGUCAUUUGAUUGCUCUGAACUACAGGUUCUGCAACAGAAUCACUCUCUCACUUAUGAUUUCUAGGGUUCUGAAGCCCCCAGGACCUGUCUUCUAGAUAGAUUAGGGUGUGCUGGACCACCUAGUUUUCAGGGUAUGAAUGCAUGCUUCUGUGUGGGAAGAGGUCUGUUUGGGCAGCAAGCCAGCAAAUGAGCCAUUGGUUCUUCCGUGCCUACCAGCCAUUUUCUCCGUAAUGGUACCACAUACAGGAGAGAUACAAGAAACAAUUUCUUCUUGCAGCACAUAGUUAAACCAUGGAACUCGCUCCCAAAGGAGGCAGUGAUGGCCACCAGCGUGGAUGGCUUUAAAAGAAGAUUGAACAAAUUCUUGGAGGAGGAGAGGACGACCGAGGGUGCUCUGCCUGCACAGUCAUAGAUGGUAAUGCUUCUGGAAACUACAGGGGUCCCAUCUCCAGAAGACAGGAAAGGACAAAAAGUUGUGAGGAACUCCUUGGAUAUUCUUCAUGCCCUAACCAAUGUUGGUUGGUAGUAGGACACCUUUUACUUACUUGCACCCAGGAGUCUGAUGCUCCUGGAGGGACCCACCAGACCACAUCAUGGAUCUCCAAAACAGCACCAAGCCCAAGCCACCAGUGGUCUGGCUUACUGGGUUCCCUGGCAUGGAAUCCAGCCACAUCUUGAUUUCCAUCCCAUUCUGCUCCAUGUACAUCAUUUCCAUCUUGGGAAAUGCCAUUAUUCUGUUCAUUAUCAAAACAGACCAAAGCCUCCAUGAGCCCAUGUACAUUUUCCUCUCCAUGCUGGCCAUGACAGACCUAGGCUUAUCCCUCUCCACCAUGCCUACCAUCCUGGGCAUCUUUUGGUUCAACGCCAGAAGAGUCAGCCUGGAUGCCUGUUUCACUCAGCUGUUCUUCAUCCACUCGCUGUCCUUCAUAGAAUCCUCCAUUCUCUUGGCCAUGGCUUUUGACCGCCUCGUGGCUAUCCAGAACCCUCUGAGAUAUGCCUCCAUCUUAACUGUGCCAAGGAUAAGCAAGAUGGGGCUGGCCUUCGUGUUCAGAGGUGUGGCCCUGAUUUUCCCACUGCCUUUCCUUCUCAGGAGGCAUCAGUACUGCCGGGCCAAUGUCCUCUUCCACUCUUUCUGCCUGCACCAAGAGGUGAUGAAGCUGGCCUGCUCAGACAUCACAGUCAACAGCAUCUACGGGAUGUUCGUCAUCGUCUCCACGGUGGGCGUGGACUCGCUCCUGAUCCUGCUGUCUUACAUCAUGAUCCUCAAGACGGUCCUGAGCAUUGCCUCGCGGGAGGAGCGCCUCAAGGCCCUCAACACUUGCGUCUCCCACAUCUGCGCCGUCUUGCUCUUCUACAUGCCCAUGAUUGGCUUGUCUGUGAUUCACAGGUUUGGGAAGGAUUCUCCUCUCCUCAUCCGCAUUUUCAUGGGGUAUGUUUACCUGCUGGUGCCACCCCUAAUGAACCCAGUUGUGUACAGUGUGAAAACAAAGCAGAUUCGGGCCAGGAUAAUUCCAGAUAUUCUCCAAGUGAAGGACCAGCUCCUCAUUCUUAGAACCUGUUCUGCUUUUCUGAAAUUUGCUGGCAAAGGGGAGGUAGUGAGGAGCCACUCUGCAACAGUUUCAGUGGUGAUGGUUGGGAACUCUGGGUCAGAUGAGGACAGCUGUGGCCCAGCAAGGCUCAUCUUAUGUUCCUGGUGAGGUCUUGAUCCAUGUCCUGGGUAGAUGGAGAGAGCAGCAGGUGUCUGAAAUGCAGGUGUCUAAGAUUUUAAAAGACCUCCCAGAGUGUCUUACAAAGACCACUAAUAAGGCAGUCCCUGUCGUAAGGCUUUAGAAUCUAAAAUACCCAUUUAUUUCUCGGGAGUAGGGUUAUAGGUUUGGUUUUAUUAUUAUAUUUUGUGUUCUCAUUUUGUAUUUUAAUGUGAAGCGCCCUGUGUUCUUUGGAUGAAGGGUGGUGUACAAAUUUAAUAAAUAAAAAAUAAAUUUCUACCCAAUUCCUUGUUAAGUUUGGUGCAUCUGCAGCAGCACAACCAGACAGCUUCAUCUGCCCCACCUGCAACACAAC